CGUAUGUUGAUAAUAAGAGAUGGAUGUAUAGGUGAAGUAGGCAGAAACAAUUUCUAUUUCAUUUCACAUAAGGUUUACCUCGGUGUGGCUGUUUUGUCGCAUACUAGUAGGAAAAACAAUCAGUUUUGAAUGUAACGUCGAGGAACCUUCAUGAAUAUACGUGCAACUUGUGAUAAAUAUUCUAUGAUUCGACACUUACAAGAGCUGAUCGUACUUUCCGCGUAAUGACAUUUUUAUGUUUUGUUUGAUAUAUUUUCGAGAACGUCAUGGUGAUGGGCUUUGAAGUUCAGUGGUUUUUAUAGAAGUGAGGCUAGAGGUCUUAUGAAAAAGUUAAUUUUCGUCUGACAUGACAUUUUGAAUAUCGAAUAUGGCCUCUAAUCCGAAUUUUAAGGCUAAGGUUCUAAUGAAUAAGGGAAAAAAGGCUACCGCUGUGUACCUCCAGACUGAUUGUAAGAAUCCCACAGGCUGCAACACCAAAUGUUUGAACGAAGUGUUGGACAACUUACUGAAUCCUGUGAAAUGUAUAGACGAAUGGGAGACUAUAGAUUGGUGCAAAUGGCUCAUAGCUGGUGGAAAUACACCCGAUGAAUAUGCUAACACAGUACGAAAGUACGACAACGCCACAACAUGCGGUCUGGUGUGGACCCCGAAUUUCGUGGCCUACAGAUGUCGCACCUGCGGCAUAUCACCCUGCAUGUCCCUCUGCACGGACUGCUUCAAGAAGGGCGACCACCACAGGCACGACUUCAACAUGUUCCUCAGUCAAGCGGGUGGAGCCUGCGACUGUGGCGACACCUCUGUGAUGAAGGAACAGGGGUUUUGCGACCGUCACGGUCCGAAUAAGAGGAAAAACAAGGGUACCGCACCAGCCGAUUUGAUGUUGGUGGCCGAAGCUAUGAUGCCAAGGAUCCUAUUUAGACUCAUAUUGCAUCUUAGGGACAACAGCAAAAAUGGACUGAACGAAGGAUUCAACAAAGAAGGAAACUCAUAUGCUGACAGUUUCAUUAACAUGUUGUUCGAUUUCAACAACAUGGGAGGUUUGAUGAGGAGAGUUAUGACUAAUGCUCUUACAAAUCCACAGAAAUACCGAGAAUUGAAUGAGAUCCCCGACAAGGCGGAUGCCGAGUACAUCCAAUAUCUCAUCCAAUCGCGAAACAUCUACGAGGAGGCGGUUCGAACUGUGCCGAAUCCCCCGCCGUUGGACGAAUACCGUGACUGUCCGUCUCUGCAGGAGCACCUGGUGCACAAGACCCUCCUGGAAGAGUUGGUCUUCUGGACCGUAAAGCUGGAAUUUCCCCAGAAGGUGGUGUGUUUGCUUCUGCACCUUCUCCCCGAUCCCGAAUACAAGGAGGCCCUGACAAAGGCGUUCGUGCUGCACUACAGCAGGAUCCCGAUGAUGCUGGAACGGUCAAACGAUCCAGAUACUUUAAGCAAUCGGGUGGUACACGUUAGUGUUCAAUUGUUUUCAAAUGAAAGCUUGGCGGUUAGAAUGACAGAACAACUCCAUCUUUUGCACGUUAUGGUUGUCAGUCUCAAGUACAUGAUGAGCAAGAUACUCAUCCAGAACACCCUGAAUGAUCCCACCAAGAACUUCCACAUGGUGGUCGAUUGCGGAAAGAGUGUGAUGAGGGAGCAUUGCUAUUGGCCCCUCGUUUCUGACCUGAACAAUGUGCUUAGUCAUCGACCCGUAGCUUUCAAAUUCAUGGAGGAUGAUAUGUUACUCCGAAUGUGGUUCAACUUCUUAUCCUCAUUUCAGGGAAUGAACGUUAACCACAGGGAACUAAAUCAGCAUGUGGAGUUCGAGCCGAACACCUACUAUGCUGCUUUCAGCGCCGAAUUAGAGGCUAGCGCGUAUCCAAUGUCUGCUCUUGUAUCGCAUCUGACGGACCCAAGCACGGCCUACCUGACGAGACGGGUGCUCACGGCAUGUCUCAACGAGUUUAGACAGUGGAUGGAGGCCAUCAACUUUCACACGCCCAACUUGAACGAUGAUCUACAAGUGUCUUUUCACCUGCCACUGCAUCGUUAUCUGGCAGUUUUCCUGUGUACAGCUGUGUCCAAACAAGGAAUAACCCUAGAUGAAGUGUUGCCGUCAAGUGAGACCUUGAAAUUACUGAUGAUGCAUCCGUUGAGGGUUCAGGUCGCAUUCUACGAGAUCCUCAACGGGUUGUGGGUGAGGAAUGGCCUUCAGAUCAAGGGCCAGGCCAUGACCUACAUCCAGUGCAACUUCUGUAACACGAUGGUGGACGCCGAUCUAUGUCUUCUACAAAUUUGCGCCACCAGGAUACCGGCCGAGGACUAUCUCAAGAUUACUGUCGAUAACUUCCACGGAAAGAGCUGGUUGAGCUUGUCUCCUUUUUCAUCGCUACAGCAGGACUUCAACCUUGACAAUGGCAAGCCCAUGAUGGAAAGUUUCUUGAUCUACUUGGUAACGCUGAUAAGCGUUCGGACAAGUCUCGGGCUGACCGAGAGAGAGAUCAACAGGCUGGAGAUGAUCACGCUGCUGUGCACCGGAGACAAAACCCACUCGCAACUGCUCGAGUCUAUGCCGGACCGAUGCGGUACGACACAGAGUCGCGAUUUCGAGUCCCUGCUCGCCGACCUGGCCGAUUACAGGGCUCCUUCCAUGGAGGCGACCGGUACCCUGCAGCAGGGCAUGUACAUGCCCAAGGCGCAGGUCUGGGAGGAGUUUUUCGAUCCAAUCCACAUUCUGCUGCGCGCCGUGCACCGAAGGGACUUCCAGACCUCUAUGGACAGAUACACAGAGUAUGCAAGGCAAAACAGCAAGAUCAAGGCUGGCAUGAAUCCUUGGCCACCGUUCAGAACCCCAUCUAAGGUUGGCGAGGCGUUCGACGAUCCUCGUUGCAUUCUAAAAUCCAGAGUGUUCCAUGCCGUCGCAUUCAUCGUCCUAUUCAAGGCUGUCAAAGGAGAAGUCUCGGAGCACAUUAUGAACUUGAUCAUUUUCCUUCUGGAACAGGCUGUCAUCAUCAGCCAACAAUCCGACAAUUUGGCAGUGGACACAAAGAAUAAUGAUAACGCAAGCUCCAUGCCCAAGGAAAAGGUGAAAGACAAGGACAUCUCCGCCUGGUACAAGACCGACAACAUAUUCGAGAACAUGACAGGGGUCAUCCAUAAAGUGGUUCUCACUCCGGAACCAGAGAUCUUCCCGAUGGCUUACAGCUCGGACACUUCUUCUUUCCGCUCAGGCGAACUGGAAUGGGACAGUAACGACAUGGACACCAAGAUGUCGGAAGUACCCUUCCUGGACGCUGUAAACAUGCUGACUUACGAAGAUUGGGAUCAGUCGGAGUCUGGGGCUCUUCUUCCUUGGCCUGCCUCGGUGCCUGCGGACGAUGACGACGAUGGAUCCGCGAUGUCCAUCGAGGAUUCUCAGGAGAACGCCAUGACCAUGGCGUUGGCCGCAUUCAGGCAGCCCCACGAGGGCCCCCAAGAACAUUCCGCCUUGCCUCCCCCCGCCCACCUGCCGGCCCUAAUGGCCGGCAACGAAGUGGGCCGUCCCUCACAGUUGCCAGGCCCCUCCAGUAAGGAAUUGGUUCCCACCAGUUCGCUCAGUUCGGAACUGGUGCCCUCUACUUCCCUUGGAAACAGGAAGCCCCGCCCCUAUAGACGUCGCACCACCCUAGAGGGACCCAACACCAGCAUCAACGUCCCGGUGGUGAAGGUGCACGAGAACUUGAUCAGUCUCCUCCUCAAGCUCCACUCCAACUUGUCCGGGGUGCCAGACAGCUUUGUGCUGGAGAAGGAGCUGGCCAAGGGCGACAUCAACGACCGGGCCGCUAUUGGGGAUGGACCCUUCUACGUGGGAAAGCUGCUUAAGAGACUCGCCUUGGCCGACGACAACUGCAAACAGGGCAUAGUCGAGGCCAGGGAGAGGAUAUGGCCCAUUAUCGAGAACGAUAAGGGCAAGAACCCCAACGAUAACAAGGAGAGGGAGGAUAGGCGCAGAAAGGCCAAGGAAAGGCAACAGAAGCUGAUGGCGGAGUUUGCCUCCAAACAGAAACAGUUCAUGGAGAAUAUGGAGACCAACGAUACCCCUCCAGGACAAGACGAACAGAUUCCUUUGUCUGAAAUUGAGUACGACUGCGUGAUUUGCGGACAAAGUACUGCCAGCACCGAAAGUAAGCCAAUGGGAUUGGUGGUGUUGGUUCAGGCCACUAGCUGUGUGGGACACAAGAGAAGACACGGAAGACCGGAAAGGGGCACGCUGCCUCUGAGCGACGACGAGAAACAUCUGCUCAGGACGGAAGACACCCUGGCCUCGGAGUUCGAUAAGAGAAUUGUGGAACUGGACAGACAUUUUGAUCCACAAUCCUGGUUCUUGUCUGUUAAUUCUGGGUGGGAUGGUGGCGUUCACGUCCAAACAUGCGGUCAUCACUUGCAUUUGGACUGUUUGAAUUCCUAUCUGUUCUCUCUGAGGAGUCAACAGAGACAGCCUAGUCUUUCACCAGAAAAGGGUGAAUAUCUGUGUCCGCUGUGCAGACAGUUGGCCAACUCCGUUUUGCCCUUAUCUCCCCAGCUCGGAGAUCGUUCUCAGAUGGUUAGUUCCAAACCUACCUGUAUGUCGCAAGUGUUGGACGAAUUGUCGGAUUUCCUUAGGGAAAAUGUACCAAAACCAAAUGUCUCCAAUAUGUCCGAAGCCAUAGGAAAGGCCAUGGAGGACAUGUCGAGUUGCACCCAACUGAAGCCGAUUUUCAAACUGAACAACGACAAGCCCUCACCUUACAGUCUGUUCCUCUUCAUAACGUCCAUAGCUCGAACGAAUCUCGAAGUUGAACUCAUUCAGAGGGGAGGAUCGCUCGUUUUUCAGGAGGAACCGCCUAAUCCGCUCCUGCCAAAGAGAGACUGUAUCGUGCCGCUCCUGCACGUACUGGCUUUCCACGCCAGGGUAGCUAGGGGGAUGGCCAAAUGGGCCGCUUGGACAACUUUCGAGCAGUUAUGCGGCUUGCCCAAUCAGAACACGGUGAACGCUUUGGCCAAUAUCGAGAGAGAAGUGCCACUCAUGCUUAGAGAUCCGAUCGCUCUACUGUUGCAAUUCGUCUUGCUCCUUCCCUUGCAUCUGGAUCAAAUCUAUCUGACAACGACAGUGCAGAUGAUCUACAAUCUUCUGUACUACCAAGUAGUGGCCCAAGUGUCUCUUGGACUGUCAAGAACCGAGAGGGAACGUGUGAAACAUAUGAGUUCGGGCGAUGGCAACGUCAAAAACCUCACCGAUGCCCUUGGUCUGAUUCACGAUUACAUCGGUCACACCGAUCUGUACAUAGAAGAAGACUCUAUGGAAGGUUCUUCUAAACCUCAGGUCAAUUUGGUCGCUUUAGAACAACAGGUACAGAAGCUUUGUCUGCCCUUCCUGCGCAUUGCAACCCUCCUGAAGUACCACCUGUACAAACAGCCGCUGCCCGACGUGCUGACGGCACAGAGCGAAUUCGUGCUGCUGGUCUACUACCUGGAGCUGGUCACGGAACCCAUCGAUUGGGACAGGUUCAACGCGGCCGCCGCCCUAAACUGGCCCUCCGUGCCCAAGUUGCACAGGGCGUCGCCGCAGAGCUGGUGCAGACAGCUCGAGGCCUUCGCCGUGAAGAGCCAGAUCGCCGCCAGGGGUUUCUUGAUAGACCAGCACAUAAGGUGGCACCAACCAAGACUGUUGCAAUUGCCUAGGGAGUAUGAGAAAAUUUUUACAUAUUACCAUGAGCGACCUUGUAGUCAAUGCCAGUCUGUGCCUCAGGAAAUCAGUAUAUGCCUUUUGUGCGGGGCAAUUGUUUGUCUUAAGCAAGGCUGUUGCAAGGCACAAAACGUUUGCGAGGCAGUGUUCCACACUUUAGAGUGUGGGGCAGGCACGGGCAUAUUCCUAGUGGUGACAUCCACCUAUAUUGUUGUGAUCCGUGGCCACAGGGCCUGUUUAUGGGGCUCUCUGUACCUUGACGAAUACGAGGAAGAAGACAGAGAUCUAAAGAGGGGAAAACCUUUGUACCUGAGUGAAGACCGCUACAAGCUACUGGAACAACAAUGGCUGGCUCAUAGGUUCGACCACACCAAGAAGAAUUGGGUACAGCAUCGAAACGCUCUGUAGAUUGUCCUAGUUUCUUAGUCUCGACGAUUUUAACAGUUGGAUCGCGUAGAGCUAACAAACGAAUUUUUUCUAUUGAUUUUUUAUAAACUGUGAUAAAGAUCUUGCAGCUGAUUCUCUUCAGGAUGAUUAUUUAUAAUUUUUUCCUCAAUAUAAUAACAUUAUAAAUGAUCGAAGAACACCAACUGUUUGUUCUCUUUGCGAUGAGAAUUCUCGGUUUUAUCCUGUUUUUGUUCAAUACCAAGUUGUCUCUUCUGGAGGGGAGGUUUAAAAACCGAGGGGUAAUUUUCAAUGAGACCAUCCUCGUCUGUUAUUCUGUCCUUUUUUUUUUUUUCAAACGUAACGUACAAACUUCUACGUCGGAUGAGUUUUAUUCGAAAGUUACCUCUGUGAAUUUUUUUUUUUUUUUUAGUUCCGAGGUCCUAUUUUUCUCUCCCGCGGUUUGCUUUUAUUAUUCUAGUCUACAUUUUUUUUGAUAGUUGAGAGAUUUCUUUUCAAUCUUUCCCGAUGAUAAUCGGUAGGUUAUAAGGAGGAUGGCCGGAUGGGGAUUGAUGCGUUGUGGAAAGGGGAUUCGCAGUAUUUUUUUCUUGUGUUCAUUGUGUCGGACUGUUGUACAUAUUUUUCGGCGAUAACGAUCACAAUCGAUUCGAGAAGAUGUUCUGACAAAGGGGAAAAAUUCAAAAAAAUGUAGUUGAAAAAACGGGGGGGGGACGAGAUUCAUUUCAUACUUUUUCACGAGUUCUUAAACGCGAUUUUGAAUAAGUAAUAUUUAGUUUUCGCAACGAUGAGGCGGUAGGAGUGCAGAAGCUAUAAAUAUAUUUUUUUUAGUGAAAUAUUUUUGUAUAUACAUAAUUAUUUCAAUAUUAACGAUGAUAUAAUUGUAAUUUCGUUUACUUUACUUAUAUAACAGUGAUCUUCGAGUAAUUUGUGUAUUUCAAAUUUGACAGGUUGUGUUACUUUGAAUGAUUAUUGUUGUGUUUUAUUCUCCUUUUUCUCUUUUUCAUUUGAAACCAUGUGAUAAAAUAAGACGAUGGCGGCUCUUCUCAAAAUGUUUCAUUUCAAUUGAUGUAAUCUUAGUUUUUGUUUGGGUAGCGUUUUGUUUUUACUUCGAAAUUAAAUACUUCAAAUCUAAGCAGAAGCCUAAUGAAAAAUAUAUAACAUUAGAAUAAUGCAAUUAAUUAUUGUAAACGCGAAAUAAACUCUCUGAUGGGUAA